AUGCCCCCUACGACGACGUCGUGGCCACUAAUGAACGCCUGUUGCAACGGCGUGCGGCCACUGGCAUUAUGGUUGCCGGGGACAGCCAUCCGGGACGAUAAGGUUGUUGAAUUCAAGGUGGUCGAUGAUGGUGGCGUUGUGACGGCAACCCCGGUGAAGGUCCAUCGGUGGCCGCAAGAUGAGUUCCUCAUGGCAUCAAGCAGCAACACGAGGAAGGAACAAAGUGUGGAAGUGGAACUGGAGCAGAAGUUGGAGAAGUUUUCAUUAUUGGAGGCAGAAAACUCGAUUGUGGAUAUUGCUCAGGAUGAUACCAAAGUUAGCAAGUCAGAAUGCCAAAAAAGCUUGUUUGGCAAGAUUAUUAGAGACAGAUCGACGAGCCUUUUCGGAGUUAAAAGAACCAUCGGCCAGAUUUGGAAAAUUCAAGGAGCUGUUGAAGUUAGAGAACUAAGCAACAACUUUUUCCAGUUCAUUUUUGAUAAUGUUGAGGAUCUCCAGAAAGUUGCCUAUGGUAAUAGCUGGGUAUAUGAUAACCAAUACUUUAUUCUGAGAGAAUGGCAGCCGAAUAUAAGGUGCAAUCAUCCCUGCUUUGACAUCCUGCAUCUCUGGGUAAAUAUAUUUAAUGUGCCUUUUCACUGGCAAUCUCCGGGGGUUGGGCUCAAGAUUGGAAACCUGUUUAAAGGAGCAAAAAACGUCACUAUUACCAGGGCAGGAGAUUCAGGUGAAGAAAGGGUUAUUCGAAUUCUGGCAGCCAUCAAUGUUAAAGAGCCUCUUUUGAGAUGUGCUAAUGUUAGGCUGGGGGAUGAAAUUAUCAAGGUUAGCUUCAAGUACGAGAAGCUUGUCAAUUUAUGUUAUUACUGUGGAACUCUAGGCCAUUUGGACAAGGAUUGCAAAAAAAGAAAAGGAGAUAUUGCCAAAAAUGCCUUGUAG